AUGCCGGAUGCUGGAUCCCAUGCACGCUCCCAUGCGCGUUCCCAUGCUUCCAAACUACCAGAAGUCCCAGAGUUCCCACAACUCCCAGCUGCCAGGCAAGCAAGCCCAGCUCGGGGAUCUUUGGGUGUGAACCGGGGCGCGCUGAUCCGCCCUGGUGUCCUGCGGCCCUGCUGCCCUGCGGCACCGCGCAUGGAACCUGAACCAACUGUACACCCCCCCCCCCCCCAAACGGAAGCCACACGGCACGGCCUCGCUCCCUACAGCAUCUCUCCCGUCAACAGAGGCCACUGCACUGUCCUGCCAGGGUGUGUGGCUUCUCCUGUGUCUCUGCUUUCCGCCUUCUGCUGUCUGUCGCCUCCUGUCGUCUGUGUCGUCUCUUGUUCUGAGUUUGUGUCGCGUCGGGAGGCGGCAACCUCAGUGACCAUCGUCAUCUUAGCCACCCCUCAAAUGUCCAUCGUUGAGCGUCGCACGUCCAAGCCCAAGCAGCUCAUGACGAAGUAA